GCAGUCGUGUAUAAUAUUGUUAUAAUAUUAUUAUGACGAAAUCGCGAGCGCGGGUUUAGCCGUCGACGAGGGUUUUCGCAGUGGCCACGCGGCGGUUAUUGCGAUUUUUACACACUCGCCGUCUCGCCCGCGAUCGGUGGGUGCCACUGUCGUCGUCGUACUAGUCCGUGCACGUUGUAAAUUUAUAAUAUCAUAUAUUUUACCUGUUCCGAGCUCGCACCGGAGUCCGACUAUACCCACCCCUUCGUCAUCACUCGUCACCUCCGUCGGAGCAACACCUUAAAACGACACCCGUGACUUCCGAAUAUUAUUAUUAUCAUACGAGUAUUAUAGGCACACAAUACACACCCGCCGUACACGUCUUGUACUCACGCGUUAGACUGCACGUUGGUCUACUUUAUAUAAUAUUAUUAUUAUUAUUAUUAUAUGUACCCGUGGUGAAAACUUACAUUCGCCGCCGCCGUCGUCUGACCGUAUAACUGCAGUUACGUGCCUCGCUGUCAUACCUCGUAAAUUCCGAUCCGCGCUUCGAGUCGAAUUUCAAACCUUUUCAUCGGAAUGACGUCGAAGAGAACGCGCAACAACGACACUUUUUAGUCGGUGAAUACAUAAUAUACAUACACCUACCACAGACAUCGUGUUCAUUGCGAUAUAUAUAUAUAUAUAUAUAUGCCAGAGAUCGCCAGUUGUGCUACGAAGAAUAUCAAAAUGGCCAGCACGUCCAGCCCGAUAUCGGACUUUUUCCGCGGUCGUCACGUACUCAUCACCGGUGGCACAGGGUUCAUGGGCAAGGUGUUGGUGGAGAAAUUGCUGCACUCGUGUCCGAACAUCGCAUGUAUAUACCUAUUAAUCAGGCCCAAACAAGGCCAUGACGUCAAGUCUAGGCUGGAUCAACUACUAAACGCUGCGAUAUUUGAUUGGGUGAGGAAAAAUCAACCCGAGUCUCUAAAAAAAUUAGUGCCGAUUAAUGGUGAUGUCACUAAAUUCGAACUCGGCAUCAGCCCUUUGGAUCAAAAAACGUUAAUUGAUAACGUAUCUAUUGUGUUCCACUCGGCAGCCACCGUUAAGUUCGACGAGGCACUUAAACUUUCCGUUGCCAUGAAUUUGUUAGGUACUAAACGAUUGGUUCAGCUGAGCAAACGUAUGACCAAGUUAGAGGCCUUUGUACACGUUUCCACUGCGUAUUGUAAUUGCAACCGACAAGACGUUGAAGAACAUUUAUAUCCCAUUCCUGCAGACCCAGAACAAAUUAUUCAAUGUGUUGAUUGUCUUGAUGAAAAUCUUCUGGAAUCUAUAACACCAAAGAUUAUCAAAGGGUGGCCAAACACAUACACGUUCACGAAAGCAUUAGCGGAAAAAAUGUUGUUACUACUAGGUGAUGGAUUACCCAUAGUCAUCGUCAGACCCUCAAUAGUUACGGCAUCGUGGAGAGAACCGAUAUUAGGAUGGGUAGACAAUUUAAAUGGGCCGACGGGUCUGCUGGCUGGCGCCGGCAAAGGGGUUCUGAGGACACUGCUGUGUCACAAGGACUUGAUUGCUGACCUGGUCCCAGUAGAUAUAUGUAUCAACUUAUUAAUAUCGGCUGCCUGGUACACGGCCACCAAUAGGCCAAAGGGCAUAGAAAUCUAUCAUUGUACGUCAGGCACAACGAAUCCGAUCUACUGGAAGGACAUCGAACGGUUGGGCCACGAGUUCAUAUUGGAGAACCCAUUUAGCGACAUUUUGUGGUACCCUGGUGGCAGUUUCAAAAGCAACAGAGUCGUCAACUAUUUGUGUGUAUCUGCUUUUCAGAUGGCACCUGCCUACAUCAUUGACGCGCUCGCCAAAAUUACCGGUAGACAACCGAGGUUAGUUCGAAUCCACAAACGACUACAGAAGGCGGUGUCAUGUCUAGAAUUUUUCACCACGCACGAAUGGAACUUCAAGAACACAAACGUGCAGAAGCUGUUCACCGAACUUGACCCCAAUGACCAGAAGACAUUUUACUUUGACGUGUCACAACUGGAGUGGCGGAGCUACAUCGAGUCAUACAUCUGGGGUACCAGGCAGUUUGUCCUCAAAGACCACCCAAGCACCGUGCCCAACGCCAAAUUGCGAUUGAGACGAAUGUAUUACCUGCACCGGACUAGCCAAAUGGUGUUUGUCGUGCUGGCAAUCAGAUACAUAUUACUAGGCAACAAGUCCAUCCGGCGGUUUUGGUAUUCGGCUCUGUGUUUCCUAAUAAAAUGUAUCAGUAAUGCUACUUCUUCUCUGCGUCUGGUCUAAGCCGGAGACUCACAUUCAAUAGAAUAAUAUUAUACUUUUACUUAUAUUUUAUACGCAGUGGUGUCCGCUACGACAACGCAAUGAUCGUAUAUUAUAAUGUAACUUAACACGCAAUAUUCAUUAAUUAUAUAUUAAAAUUAAAUUAUUUAGGUAUAUUUUUAGACGAUCACAUACUGCUCGACGAACUUAAUUCAAUCAAUCGUAUAGGUUAUUAUUAUAAUAUAUCAUCAUCAUGUAUAUCAACCGGCCAUAAAUAAUAUAUUAUACUGAUUUGUCUUGUUCCGAUGAUAACCUUCCUAAUCCCGUUAUACUAUUUAUAAGAUAGUAUUCAGUUACAUUCUUAUUUUUUUUCCUUAUCCGUUCAAGUUAUAAUAUAUUACUUACACCUAUAUAUAAUAAGUUCACUGAUGCAUUAUGUAUGUUUUUUUUUUUUAAAAAAAAUUAUUAUUAUUAUUAUUAUACUAUGUUUAUACUUUAUGCCAUACACCUUAUGGCUUCCGCCAAUUUAAGGUCGUUUCAAAUCUAAAAAUGACUUACUUGCAUUGCAUACUUAGAUGUGAUUAUGUAUAUUGAUUAUUGAAAGACACUAUCAUAUAAUUGUGUGUCAUACAUAAUCUUCUGUUUUAGAAAUAAAAAACCAAACAAUGUACCUAUAUAAUAUACCUAAAAGAUUAUGAUCGUUGGUUGGUAGUUUGAAAAUAAUCUAAACGAUCCGUUUGGUGAUGCUAUAGGAAUUAAGACGUCGUUUAUUAAUAUAUUAUAGGUAUAUCAUAAUAAUUAUUAUUUGUCCAUUGAUUUAAUAUUGUUAAUUACGUUAACUAUAGCCGUUAUUAUGGAUAGUACGUGGUAUAAUGUAAUAACAUUUUAUAUUCGUGCUUUAAAUUGCAUUGCGAUAAUAUUAAUUUAUAUUCAAUUGUUUGUACACUUUGUUAACUAUGUAUUCGAUUCCAUUGUUAGACAAUAAUUUCCAUUUUAUACAAAGACCAUUUUAUUAUUAUGAUUUUAGCCGUUACGAUAAUUAUUAGGGUUGAUAAUUAUAGGUAUGACAUUGAAAAAUAGUCAAAAACACCUGAAUGCCUUCUUGGACUCCUACAAAUAUUCUACUCUUAAUUAAUAAAAUAACUUUCAUACUUAUUUAUUACGCACAUAAGCACUUAUAACGACAUAAUGUCAUUGUAAUCAAUCCACGAAGACAUAAUAUAAUAGUUGUAGUAUGACAAAAAAAAGCUGUAAAAGUUCGCGUCAUGUUAAGUAGGUACACGUAGUCACAUAGAUAUGUACCUACACCGAUGUAUAAAUGAAAUGCACCGGGAAUACUAAUAUUUUAUUCGCUUAUUUUUAUGAGACACAUAUAUCUUACCUAUCAGUUUAGUAAGUAGGUACCCACCUGUCUAGAUACUACGCAAACACAUACCGUAGGUAUACGUUUUUUUUUGUGCUUGAUGUAGGUACCAACUAUACAUUUUCAUCGACAAGCUAUUUUAUAGUGGAUUUAGAUCUGUCAAGUAAACAAUAUAACAUUUGUUUCAUUGCAUAUAAUGAGAAUUAUAUUGUAACAACGUACAACGUUUAACUUAUGUUUAGGCACCUAUCUAUUCGAUUAACCUUAGCAUAAAAUAUUUUCCAUGGAUAUUUUUUUUAAUGCGAUACAAUCACUGUUUAAUUUAAAAAAUAUAUGUAAUUGUAAAAUGUUAUUUUAUCCUAUAUUGUUUCACACAAUAUUAAGCAUAUCCAUUUAGCAUUAAAAUGUUAUAAACAUUAAUACAUUUUUUAUGAUUAUACUUUAUUGUGUUAAAUAAUGUUAUUUUAUAUAAUAUACAAUGGCGUAUUUACAAUUGGGUUCUGGGUUUUAAAAAAAACGUUGGGUACCUACCUAUAAGUUAUUUAGUUUCAACAUUUUAUAAAAUUCAGUUAUAGAUUUCUUUAUGUUUUGGGGGCUAACGAAUCGAUGAAUAAGAAAAAAAAAUGUUUUCUUGUAAGUUGUUGUAUUUAUAAAAUGAGUAAACAGCUUUUUUUACGACUGAAAUAGGUAGCUGUAAAUUUUAAAACCGUAGGUAUCUACAAAAUAUUUGUUAAAUAUGUCAUUGUAUACAGUGUUUAGGUACAAAUAUAUUAAGUACCUACCUCAUUAUUGUGUAACAACCAUACAUGUUAUGCAGUACUUAUAUGUAAUAUUUUAUGUUCUCACAUGUUUCUUAGGAAAAAAAAAACAUUUUAUAAUAAGCGCUUUAUAACAUAUUCAUUUUAAACAUUCAUUGAAUAUUUGACCUACAGAAAAAUGUUCAAUUAAGUGUGUGACCUACAAUAUUUAAUCUUAUAAGAGUAUUUUAUUAGAUAGAGUACCUACGUAAUGUACCUUAUUUGCUGGAUAUUUGAUAAUACAUUAUAUUGUAUAAACAAGUUAGACUUGACUAAUGAUUGUUGAUAUACUAGACAAAUAGUUCAACUUCAAGAGUAUCGUUGUAGUUUUUGCAUGUUUUAAUAUGUUGUUUUUAAAAAAAAAAUUAAAUUAAAUAUCGGUGGCCGAAUUGUACGUCAUAUUCUAUUGCUUAUAACGAAAGAAUAGUCAUUGCAUUAUUACAAAAACAUGGUCUUAUACCAUCUUCGAUCUACUGUUUUAUAAUGGUUAAAUCUAUAUAGAGAUGUAUGUUCGCAUGUUGCACUCGUUACAAUACUCAGAUACUCACGGGUGAAUAUAUUCAAAUAGACGACACGUAACUAGGAGUAAUACGUAGAUACAACCGAGGAUGUAUUUUACCAGGGAAACGAUAAAAAAAAAGAUACACUUAAGACUACGUUUUUGGUUUGAGUUUAGAAAAGACAAUAAAAUAUAAAAAAAGAUUUUUUUUCUUCUUUUAUUUACCUGGCCACAUCGGUCUUGUUACACUCAAUAUAUAGUGUCUAUAAUUCUAAAUAAACUGUUAAAAACAAUUGUUUAAACUGUUAAAUUGGGUGAGUGGAAAUUGCGUAUGAAAAUCUCCAAUCUUUGAGAUAGGUAUAAUAAUCAAACAGUAAAUCAUUCAAAUCAUUUUGUUAGUGCAAAUACAUCAACAAUCAAGUGUAUCUUGUUAUUAAAAAUGCAUGUUACACAAAUGCAUGGCACCGCCCCUGAUUUAUUGAUCGAAGUAUGGUAUAGAUCAACAGUAAAAAACCGUAAUUAAUUUCUAUCUUUCUUACGUUAUUUCUGAUAAAAUAUAGUUUGGUAAAUUCUUUUUUUUUUAUGUUUAUGCACAAUUGUAAAUGUUAUGAAUAAAAUAUAUAUUUAGGCAAUAUUUGUAUUAUCCUUAAAUUAUAAUAAAUAAAAAAAAUAAGUUAAAAAAUUGUAUAGGUAAUACACCUACAUUUUUAGUGCCUAUCAGUAUUGUAUUACUUAGAUACUUAUUUUAUACUCAUGAAACAGGUAGUCUAUUAAAAAUGACAUGGUAGGUCACAGUAGAUAUUAUGUAGGUCACUUAUUCAAUGAAUUUCUUCAUUUUCAUAAAUUGUCUACUCCAUAUAUUAUUUUAAACGUUGAUACACGACUGUGAAUAAACAAAUGGCACGUUUUCAAUCGUUUGUACCUAGCUUUAUUUUUUUAUGUGACGUUGCCGGAUCGCAAUACAUAGGUUCGUCGUAAUGAUAAACAUAAUUGUAAUGCAUGGAUUGGAAAUAUGAAAACCAUAUAUUCUGUUGAAUAUUUUUAAGUUUAUUUUUCUAAUAAUUACUAUGAAUUACUAUGAAUAACAAAUGUACCUUAUUUCUAAAAAUUAUUAACUAAAUAAGUUGUUUAUUAAGAAGUCUUGGAGAGGGGGAAAUAUUUUUUAAAUCAAACCUUGGAUUUACUGAUGGAUUUUGUGCCCAAAGAUAUGGUAUAAAUACGAUCUAUGUGAUCUAUCACGCAAUGCCACAUGAAAAAAAGAAAAAAUUAUAAAAAUGACCACCAUUGUGCAACGGAAAAAAGUACCCACUUUCGAAAACGUGUUCACCGGUUCGUUUUUUCCUCUAAAAAAUUGUCAUUAAUUAGUUUAAAAUCAUGCGCGUUUGCGUUACAAAAAAAGGUAACACAUUCGCAAUCGUGUUUCACAAAUAAAAUAUAUACCUAAUUGUUUUGAUUAAUGUAUAUAUUUGAUAAACAUUAGUUAAACAACAAAUGCUUUUCUUAACAACUAAAUUAUAUUAUGUGUCAUACGUUGUGUGAAAUCGUCAUCUAUUUUCGGAUUCAAACACCUUUAAAAAAAUGUAAUAAAUGUGCUCAAUAAUAUUAGUUAUCAUACUAUUUGGUAAAACGUUUAGUUUAAAUAAUUUGCACGCAUCAUGCCUAGCCUUAUAGCAAUGAUAUGAUAUAUCGUUAAAAUUUUGCACUCCUUUUCGUUUAUAUUGUAUUGUACGUAUAAGAAAAUUAUUAUUUAUUAUAUAAAAUAAACUAGGUAUAACUAUAUUGUAUUGACGUCCAGAUCCACCAGCGUUGUUGGUUGUUAUUUUGAUAAUUGAUAAAUAAUUAUUAGAAAUAAUAGUAUAAUUAAAUGAUAAUAAAUCAA